UUUAUAUUUGGGAAAUAAGAUCGAAUACUAAAAUCAAACAUAUCUUAUGGAAAGAAUGGACUCUUACAUGUGUCGCACCUUGGUACUUGCUAAGGAUUUAUGAAUUGCUUCGACAGAUCUUAAUAUCGAAAAUAAGCAAGUUUGUUGAAUAUUACGCAGGUCAAUUUAAUUUUAUACAAACUGUUUGUAUAAAUAGUGGCAGUAAAGAAUAUAGGUAUUGGGUAGAAAUUUGUAGGUGGCGAAGACUUGACUAAAUCAACUUUAUUAGAUAUUUUCUGAACACUUGAAGCCCAAAUAUAAUCGUAUUUGAGAAAAGAAUGAUAUAACUCGAAUGUUAACAAAUACUGUUUUACUUUUACAGAUUUGAUAUUUAUUAUUGAAAAUAAUUUUCACCAGUUUAUAUAUAUUGAAGAAUAUAUUCCAGAGCAUGGCUAAAUCUUUUCCUGUCGAGUCCGUGCCUUUCAGUCACUCUCCGUUCUCACAUUUUAUGCCACAGGCAUAUGCAGGAUAUUCAAAUCCGUAUAUGCCAACUGCACCACCAGCAUAUCCCGGAUAUUCGUCACAUUGGAACGUUUUCCCAGAGCAGAAUUCUAAUGCAGAAAUUGACUCUACACAAUUCAACUAUCAACCAAGAAUAUUUGAAACGGAACCUUCAUCAACAACAAUUCUUCAGCAACCUAAUAACGAUCAACAAGCAAGAACUGAAGAACCAUCUAGAAGUUCAGAAUCUCCAUUAUCAAAUUGUGAAAAAUCAAGCAAUGUUUCUUCCGAAAUGUCGCCGUCAAAAAGCAAGUCUUCCGUCAUACCUCAACAUUCAAUUGUGAAUAAUGCCGACGGUUUAGCCUCUUUGCCGUACAAUUAUACAAAUAAUAUGCCUAGUUAUUAUUCUGUUCCAUAUGAAGGCUAUUAUGCUCCUGAUAUUGCACCGAAAGGGCCGUUUAGACCGUUCGAAGACAACACCCAAUUUCAAAUAGAGACAAAGAAGAACAAAUCAGAAACGACAACAUUAAUCACUCCGCCUCCAACAAACGAUUCACAAAAUUUUGCAAUCGAAAACUCCUUUGCCCAAUUUCCAGGUUCAAAUUUACCAUCACAAGCCAAUAUCGCACCUCAAUAUCCGGAAUCUUAUCGAGGUAGCCUUGCAGCCGGAAUUGGUUAUACUCUGGGCUACACUCACCAGCCCAAUAGUCUGAAGAGAAAAGCAGAUGAUGUAGACACCCCACCAACAACACCAGAGUCUCCGGAACACGAUGACAAAAUCACUACAUCGUCACAAGACUAUCCUGAAUCAAAAAGACCACGAUUCUCUGGUACUGAAGAGGAUUGUUCACUCGCGGAUGAUCAAACAACGGAAACAAAUGUACCAGAAAAAGAAGAAAACAUUGAAGAAAGUUCAUCUGAAGCCAUCGACAACCUUGACAACGUGGUGCAACAACGUCUUCCAAGUCCGGAAAAUGAUGAUAUUUGUGAACUGACACCAUUGGUGCCCUCAGUUCCAUUAGAAGAAGAAGCACCAUCAUCACCCGAUCGAAGUUCUCAUAACAGUUUGAAAUCUUUUUCCGACCAAGAAUCCGUUUCUUUGGAAGAGUUCAACAAUGACGAGGAAAAGGAAAACAAACCACAGGGCAAAGGAAAGAAAAAAAGAAACGCCAGAACCGUCUACACGAGCUAUCAGCUUCAACAACUCAACGAUUAUUUCAGAAAAAUUCAAUACCUUGCGCUUCCUGAAAGAGCACGCUUAGCAGCAGCUCUGGGACUGACACAAACUCAGGUAAAAGUAUGGUUCCAGAAUCGUCGUUCAAAAAUCAAGAAAAUGAUAAAAUCAGGUGUAAAUGAUCCUGAAGAACUUGGAAUUCACGCCGUUGUUGACAACCAAGCACCCGAACACGAUGAACGAGCUCAAACAUCGCCAGCAACCUCCGCCAUACCAGCUAUGGGUGGUCGUUCUGUGAUGUCUGAUGGCAUUGGAUCAAGAUAUGCUCAUGGAGAACCAAAUUCUCAUUAUACGUAUGGAAUGCCACUCGGUCAGGAUUCUCAAAAUAAUCCGGCUGCAAAUUAUCAAUCUGGUUCCUACCAACAUUACCACCCUAGCAUCGUACAACAACACAAUCAGCCAGGACAUAGCACAAGUUUGGUAACUCCUCUAGCUUCAUUGGAAAACAUCCACGAAGGCUACGGCGGUAAUGGUGCUGAGAUGAACGGAAAAAUUCAAAACGGUUAUCCCGGAAAUCAAUACAACGAUAUCAACUCCAGUAGUGAAAUUCAAUCAAUUCAACAAGAAAAUAUUCGUCACCAGAACUAUUCAUCAUACUACAGUCAAGACACUGCCAAUAUGGCCCAAGGCAACACAGACUCACUAUAUGGAUCAUCAGCCGGGUAUUAUCCAACUUCUCACCAACAGCAUAAUUUGUACGCAGAUGCAGCGGGACAUGAUGUCAUGGGACAGAUGAAUGGAAGAUAUUAGUAUAAUAUAAAUGUAUGUCAGAAAACAAAUGCCAUGGCGAUGUUCGAGGCGGGGGUGAAGAGUCGACCGACCCAAGCCAGAUCAGCGGGUAACUUGGCGUCCACCUGCCCUGCAAGUUCAUAUGUCUUCUUUUAUUUGGUAACUCGUGACUGCUCAAGUUAUACUUGUAACGGUUGGACAAAUAAAAACAUGUGAAGUAUAUCACAAUUGCCUUAAUAAUUUUCAACUAUUUUUUUUGUUUUUAAAUAUUUUACUACACUUUGAUACACUGAUGAUAUUUUUGUGCCUUCCUAUUGCCAAAUAAAAUGCAUGUUAUUUAAGAACAAGAAAAAUAGAGUAUACAAAAAAGGGGGAAUCGUCAGAUACGUAUGUAUAGCACGUUCUACUAAAUUCUUGGUAUUGGUGGGAAAAUCGCUCUUCUCAUUGACCACUGAAUCAAGGGCUUCCAAAUUUGAGGAAAUAUAUAAAGGUGUUGCCUGAAUAUUACUAACAUAUAUACUUACAUGUUUACUGGACUUCGUAAGUCCCGUUGCUUCAUCCCAAACUUUGCUAUUUUUUUAGAAAUUGCAGUAGAUUAUUUUUCGAUCGAUUCGCCCAGAGCCUCAAGAACGGC